AAUUUAUAGACAUGAAGUGUUCAGAAGGAAAAUCUGCCUUACAUUAUGCAGUUAUACAGAACGACAAGGAUUCAGUAGAGAUCCUGCUACAAGAGCAGGUAGACGUAAAUCAAAAAGACAAAGACGAGAGAACACCACUAAGUUAUGCAGCAGAAACAGGACUGGUGGAAAUCACAAAGAUGCUUGAUAAACAUAAGGCAAGCGAUCUGCCUGAUGUAACUGAGAUGCGGCCAAUUCAUUAUGCAGCUAAGAACGGCCACCUUGAAGUUGUUGAAUCCCUUUUAAAUGGAGAAUGUCCUUGGAAAAAAACUAAAGAUGGAAGGAAUUGCUUGGAUAUUGCGAUCGAUGAAAAGCACGAGGAAACAGUUCGGGUAAUGAUAAAAAACAAAAACUGGAAGAAGUUUCUACAAAAUACAACUGGUAAAUAUCAAACACCGAUGAGAAAGCUUAUAUCAGAUAUGCCAGAUGUUGCUAGAGAGGUAUUCAAUCUUUGCACAACUCCCAAUGGUCAUGAUAGCAACUUCAGUGUAACGUUUGACUAUGAACUUCUCGAUGACAAAGACCUACUAGGUAAGCGGAAAAAUCCAGGUAAGAAUAUUUAUGUGACUCAUCGGAACACUUCAGGAUAUCUGAAUAGCUUCUUCUCUUGAAAACAUUGUACACCCCGAACGGGUUUAAACCACAGACACUUGGGAUCAGGACCCACACCCAUCCCAUUCUCCUCCGCCCCUGGUUAAGUAUAGCCAAUAUCUUUUAGCAUUUUACUAUGUUACGUAUUGAGCAUAGGUGACGAUUAUAAAACGCAUUUUGUAUCAUUUAAGCGGGUUUUAAAAUAAGUAAUUUUUACCAACAGUCAAUCUGACUAAAGUACAUCUCCUAUAACGCUACGCUUAGGAUCUGAACACGAGCUAUUGAUAGCCUCGUUCUGACGACCCUUCCGCUAGCCAAUCAAAAUCUAACUUACAACAUUCUGCAAGCUUAGAAAAACCUUGGUUUUUGAUAUCUACAAUUCUUAUGUCAGAUGACCGGUUAGCUCAUCGGUAGGACACUUGCUUCGCAAGGGGUUCUGGGUUUGAGCCCUGGACUGACUGCAAAUGUUUCUAACUCUUUGACAUUCGAACAAGUCGACUGAUUGAGUCAAAUAAAAAUAGUUUGCGAAAAUAAAAAUAAGCAAUAUUGGAAAUCCAAAAUAUACAGAAGACGAAUGUGAAUGGGUCAUUCUCAGAUCUUCGUUUAGAAGAUCAAGUACUUUAGUCAGAUUGUAUCAUCAGUGCUCCCAAUAUCACAAGAUUUGAAACAACGCACGGAAAUAGGAACACUUGCUUGCGCUGGACCUUCGUUUUGUACUUGCACAUGUCAUAAACCGGGUACCAAAAUUAAUACGCUUACGACUAUAUUAAAUCAGAUCAUCACUUCUUACGGCAAUAGUCAAAUUUUAUGAACUACUGUAAACGGGCAGAAGAUGUGGAAAGCACGUAACUGCAUAUCUUGGCAAAUACUUAAUAAUGUUUUUAAAAUCUUACAUCUUCUACUUUUUCGUUGCAUUAAUAUAAAACGUGGACGACAUACAAGCCUUGAGGCUUAUGUAUAUAUAUGAAUAUACCAGUCCUGUCCUACUGCUCAACCCUUUUUUGAGUCGUUGACAUGUUAGUAUAAAUAUAAAUGUAGCCGAUAGUGCCAGGGUAUUUUUAUUCGACGCGAACAACUUAACAUUUGAAGGGAUUGAAUUGUAUGUGCAUGUGCACAUUCUGCAUUGGUAUGUUUUAAGUAAUUCAGGUAAUUUUGAAGUGUUGUUAUUGUGUAAUAUAUGUAGCAUGUUUAUUGUAGUAUCAUCUUCCAUAAAGAUAUUUUUGAAACAGAGGCCAUUAUAUAUAUGCACUGAACAUUUUGGCCCUAGCAUGGACCUUGCCGAACACCUCGGUCAGUAUCAAAUCAUCUUGGCGUCAUCAAAGCAUAUUUAGCCACUAUUUUAUGAUACCUCCUGAGGACUAUGAUGUAUACUGUGAAAGAAUCAGAACUGAAACUGAUCGCAUAUUUUUUAGUUAUCUCCCCUUAUGUGAAAGCAUUUCAGAGAUUAACAUAAUACUUUACAUACUGAUAUAAAUCAGUGAGACGGAGUGCAGUGCCAAAGAACAAUAACUCUAGCUUACCUUGUUUUUGAAUUAUUGCCCCCUUAUGUAGGAAAACUUUUCUGGUGUAUUACUUCAAAUGUAUAUAAGGAAUA